ACAGAAAUAAUAAAAGCUGAAAUUAUUUCUAAACAUUGCUGAAAGAAUAGAAAAAGCUGAAAUACAUUUAAAAAUUGCUGUGUUGUUCUAUGUUAACUUUUUGUAAAAUGGAUGUAUAAUCAGUUUAAUCAAUUCAAUCAGUUAUGACAAAUCCAUGUAAUCGUGCAGUCUGUGUUCAAUGUCCAAUCAAUACAUGUUUUGAUCCCUGAUUACUGAUUCAAUUUUCAAUCAAUAAAUGUUUGUCACAAUUCUCGACUUUUCUUUUAAAGUCUUCAAAAUCCCCGUGUAGCCUCGGAUAGUGCUAUUAUUUGAUUACUGUGUGGAUGUUAAAAAGCCUUUAAUUUUUGCCCACAAAUGAUAAUUUACUCCUCGCGUGUUUCAGCAUUAACUCUGAUCAUUUGUAGCCGGCAUCGUGUGACGUCUGCCUUUGUUAGAGCGCUCUGUUUAGGACAGUUCUAAUCAGUCUGUCGCUUCCACUCUGCCGCAACUCUCCCCAUAGCAACCAGAGCCCCGCACACACAAGCAGCCGCUACGUCACACAUAAACAAAUGACUCUGUAUCCAGUCAGCUGACGCUACCGGCAGCUAGCUUUCGUCGGCUAGCGCUACUAUCGCGCUAGCUUUGCGGUGGCUGACAAGUUAUGUCAGCAAGCGCAAACAAGUUGUACGAAGCUACUGCUGCUCUUGUAUUUAGCCAGCUAGCCUACGUGGAUAACCGUCACUCUGUCUGUCUGUCUGUCUGUCUGUCUGUCUGUCUGUCUGUCACUAUUAGCUACGGAAAUGGACGAGGGUCUCUGUUAGCUGUCCCUUUCCCGAGUACUGAAAGCAGCGCUUUACGCAGUGGCUGUUUAGCACAACAAUGUCAAAUAUAUACCUGUGUAUGAACAUCUAUCUAUCUAUCUAUCUAUAUCUAUCUAUAUAGAUAUAGAUAUAGAUAAAUGCACACGUGUUAUCUAUCUAUCGAUUAUUAUCUAUCUGAUGGAUACAACUCUGUGUAUCCGGAACAUAUAUAUGUACAUAACAUCCGACUAUUUUUAUAAUAAAUGAUAACACCAAAUAUGAAAUGAUAAUCGUGUCCAUAAAUAUUCAAAAUAAUAAUUACUGAACUAUAAAAGAGAGCAAAGAGAACAAAAACUUUGUUUCAUGAGCACAAAACUCGCAAACGAGUUUUCCUGGACGAAGGGCUCGCGGACAUGACGAGGCGGCGCGUGGACCUUCUAGAACAUUGUCGGAGCCGCAGCGGCGCGAAAAAUCCACUGCUGUCCAUCCUGAACCGAGAAAGAAUGGCGUUAAGAAAAGUUCUUUCGUCGAAGCCCCAAACCCCUUACUUUAAGCCCCCGGCAAUACACAUUUGUGUGGUUGCACUGAAGGACCAGCAUAGGGUCACGAGGUGGGACUUCCAGGACGGCAGAGCGGUGGCGGCCGUCACAAAAGCUAAUGCCGUCAUGGCCAUCAGCGACGGGCACUCCGUGGCCAAAGUGACCCUGUAUGAAGACCUGAAGGCCCAAGUUCAAGAGGGUGCUUCCUACGUGGUUCGUGGCUAUAACCUGAGGGGCAAUUCCCCUCCAUAUGCCUUUAAUGUCUCAAGGGAGACAGAAUUCUUUCGAAGCAGCGCCCUCGUCAUCGACGAGAAAUUACAAAACGAGGCCUUGAGGCUGAUCAAUCCUCGCUCGCCCCUGACCCCCCUCAGCACCUGCAGGGAAUCUGCUGGUCUGGUCACGGUGGAAGGGGAGGUGGUCGAGGUAAGUAACUUUCCGUUUAACGGGACUGCGAUAUAUAUAGCCAAUGUAGGUUGUUGCUGUAAAAUUAAGAGUGUAAGUCCGCCGGACUGCAGCUAUGAGAACAUUAACACCCAAAUCCACUGUGUUCAGGUGUCUGAGCUGAAGGAGGUGGUGGUGGCGAGGGACCGCGUGCCACUGCAAAACAUCACGUUGAAGCAGGGGGAAACAAAGGUGCCCGUGUCCCUCUGGAGGGAAACCGCCCUCCACUGCUGUGAGAUCGGGAACGUCCUGAGAGUGUCCCACCUGAGAGGGUCGGAGUCCAAUUAUGGAUUCCGGCUCCAAACAACGGUGGAGUCAGCAAUUGAGGCGGUCAGUUCCACGGCAGCGGAGGAGGUUGGAGUUUACGGGGCAACACCGGCACGCGGGGCUCCCGGAAGCCUAAAAGUGCUCCUGGAGGACGACAGGACGCUGUUCAUCGAGGAGAGCAAGUGGCUGCCAAUAGCUGCCAUAAUGGAAGCGCCACCCUUACCGGUCAAAAUAACCGUUAAAGGCAACACCAUUGUCGCCAUUGAAGCCAUGCGGAAGGAGGAGUAGCUGUUUGAGUUUCUUUUUGUUGUUGCUGUUUUUGCUGUUGUUUUAAUGUGUUCAUUAGGAAUCGGUUCUCCGUUGUUCAAAUUACCUUUCACAUUGUAUAGGAUGUUAUUAAUCAAUUUGCCAAAGUUCAUGUGUUCUGUUUUUGUUCUAUGUUAACCUUUUGUAAAAUGGAUGUAUAAUCAGUUUAAUCAAUUCAAUCAGUUUAAUCAAUUCAAUCAGUUUAUUCAAUUCAAUCAGUUAUGACAAAUCCAUGUAAUCGUGCAGUCUGUGUUCAAUGUCCAAUCAAUACAUGUUUUAAUCUCUGAUUACUGAUUCAAUUUUCAAUCAAUAAAUGUUUGUCACAAUUCUCGACUUUUCUUUUAAAGUCUUCAAAAUCCCCGUGUAGCCACGGAUAGUGCUAUUAUUUGAUUACUGUGUGGAUGUUAAAAAGCCUUUAAUUUUUGCCCACAAAUGAUAAUUUACUCCUCGCGUGUUUCAGCAUUAACUCUGAUCAUUUGUAGCCGGCAUCGUGUGACGUCUGCCUUUGUUAGAGCGCUCUGUUUAGGACAGUUCUAAUCAGUCUGUCGCUUCCACUCUGCCGCAACUCUCCCCAUAGCAACCAGAGCCCCGCACACACAAGCAGCCGCUACGUCACACAUAAACAAAUGACUCUGUAUCCAGUCAGCUGACGCUACCGGCAGCUAGCUUUCGUCGGCUAGCGCUACUAUCGCGCUAGCUUUGCGGUGGCUGACAAGUUAUGUCAGCAAGCGCAAACAAGUUGUACGAAGCUACUGCUGCUCUUGUAUUUAGCCAGCUAGCCUACGUGGAUAACCGUCACUCUGUCUGUCUGUCUGUCUGUCUGUCUGUCUGUCUGUCUGUCACUAUUAGCUACGGAAAUGGACGAGGGUCUCUGUUAGCUGUCCCUUUCCCGAGUACUGAAAGCAGCGCUUUACGCAGUGGCUGUUUAGCACAACAAUGUCAAAUAUAUACCUGUGUAUGAACAUCUAUCUAUCUAUCUAUCUAUAUCUAUCUAUAUAGAUAUAGAUAUAGAUAAAUGCACACGUGUUAUCUAUCUAUCGAUUAUUAUCUAUCUGAU